GUUUGUCUGACUGUCUGCCGCCGAAAUCUCCAAGUAGUCCCGAGCAGCAGAUAUAUUAGGUCUAUUGGCUAUCUAAGCGCGUAACGCGUUAAAGGCGGAAGAAUCCUUGCCAGGAUCCGGUUGCUGGAUGGAAGAAAUGCUGCUAAGAACGUAGCAUACCAAACAACAGAUAGUUACUGAGGUCAGAGAAUUAUUGGUGACCACUCAUUGAAUCUUGAUAUCGGAUUCAAUCACGCCUCUGCAUUUCCUAUGUAUGCGUUGUUUCUCCACGCAGGCUUUUGUUGUGCGCUAAGUCCGCCGCCGCCGCCGCCAGCUGUUAUCGGGGUUUUCCCCCAGUUGCUGCAGCAACGCCGGAACACAUGUUUCUUCCGUCAUCAUAAUGAAGCCCAUCCUUGAACACCGCUCACCGAUUCAUUUAUUAUUGUCAUGGGGGUCCUUAAUAUUUGUUAAUUUCCUGUUCUGUUGACUAUUGUGUUUCUUACUUUGACUUCCUUGCGUCUGCCUUCAAGAGGAUGAAGCAUUGAUGGUCGAGUUUUCCCAUAGCUGCCUCCAUUCGGACACAGUUGCGGGCUUGUUUACUUGAACCUCUUCUUCCUUCUCAUUAUCAAUCGUGUAAAUAUCUAGAUUACAGAUAUUGCAUUCCAUUUCUGCUUCAUUAUAGCUUCAUUUAUCGUGUGCUACUAGAUAUUGUCUAAAGCGGAGACCCCGUGAAGACGCAGAAUGGCGGCCUCCAUGCAAAACGCGGGCAUUUUUGUUGACGAGGACUCGAGCCAACCAAGGGCUUCGGGCCUGAGGUCCAUUUUCCCCUCAAAAGCUCACAAGAGGAAUCAUUCAGCCGGUAGUGCCCCUCAAAACAAGCAUGCGGGCAUGCCCCCUCCCAUGUUACCUCUCGACCAUCCACACUCCCAUAUGCAGCGACCGUUGUCUGAAAUAUCCCAUAAUCGUGAUGCCCCAAAUAGCCCCCGUUCCCGUCACAAAACCCCUGAGGGCACGCUGGAUUAUAGUCUACAUAAGAAAACUAAGAGCUCCGUAUCAUUGAGGUCACUUAUGAAGGAUUUCACAUCACCUAACAAACCUCCAUCCCCAGAGGUAACCUCUCGGGAAAAGAAGGCAAAAAAGACAAAAUCUUCUACUAGUUUGUCGGCGAUUUUCAGAAGGUCCCAACGUGAACGUAAGGAAGAUACUUCCAACAAACAGCAAAAAGACAAGGAAAAUAUGAAUCCUCCUCAGUCACCUGGCGCAGAAAUUUCGCCAGUAUGGACUCAUUUCCGAAGCCCAUAUCAAGAGCAUCAACCAGACCAGGGUAGCAACCGCUAUCUGCCACAGAGAGGACGAACCUUAGACGAAGAAAUGUCGCUGUAUACUCCUAGGGGAUACUCGCCAUCCAAGCAGAGGAAUUUUCACGGCCAUCAACUACCGUCUCUAACGAAACGCCCUGAUACAAAGGCAAGGCCGAAGUCAGAAUAUAUAUUACCCGGUUCUUCAUCCUUUAGAGAUAUGCUAGCCUCCGUGCAACGUUCAGGAGCUUCCAGAGAACAACAGUGGCAGAAAGGAGGCAAUAGCCGCACAGCAAAUCACGUUCGUCGCGGAUCUCCACCGGGAUACGCGUUGGAGGAGCGGCGGGAAUCGGGUGGAAAGCGUGGGUCUCGGGUGUUAGCAGCUAUCACAGCAUUCAACGCGAAGGAAAAGGAGACCGAGCCACAGAAACCCUUACACCCAGAAGGGAUCGAUGGAGCUUUCGAAGCACUUCUGGAUUCUCGGAAUAUUCCUCAUAACAUGCGCGAUAAGAUGCGCUCUUUGGAUGCGAGUAUCAAAGCUGAUUUCAUACGGAAGCAUCAUCUUGAUCUUUGCACGGCUGGUUCAUCAAACCCUACCAACGAUAGAAACUCAUCGAGUGGUUCUGCGGACGGGAGAAAGGGUUCUAACGGUAAGGGAUCCAGAUCCCGAUCCCGAAACCGUCCAUUUUCAAUUUCAAAACCGGACAUAUCCUCGCCUAAAAAGAGCAAUGAGAACAUGGCUGCUCAUAAGCGUCCAAAGUCCGUUGAUUUAUCUCGGCCCGUAUCUUCUAGAGGCCUAUCUAGUUCAAGCUCAACGACAGGGCUAGCGCCUCAGGUGCAGCCAGACCAUACAGCUGAUCCCACUGACUUUGUUCACUACCUUCGAGAGGUUCAGAAGCCAGAGAUAGUGGAAGUGGGCAAGCUACACAAACUCAGAAUACUUUUGAGAAAUGAGACAGUGGCAUGGGUUGACGCCUUUAUCUCGCAUGGAGGAAUGGAUGAAAUCAUUGAACUUUUGUACCGGAUCCUCAAAGUGGAGUGGCGGGAGGAACACGAAGACGCCCUUUUACACGAAACCCUUCUCUGUUUGAAAGCACUUUGCACGACAUCAUUGGCUCUCCGUCAUCUUUCGUCGGUCGAGUCUGUGCUAUUUCCAACGCUUUUGCAUAUGCUCUUCGAUGAAGAGAAGAAAGGCCCAAGCGAAUUCACAACCCGGGGUAUUGUUCUUAGCCUGCUUUUCACCCACCUUUCGUCCGCAUCUCCCGACAAUCUAGUGCCUCGGGCAAAAACGAUCCUAGCGUAUAUGCGGGAUCCGACUCCACCAGAGGAAUCCCAGCCGUUGAACUUCAUUGCAAGUAUUUAUCAACCGCGUCCGUAUCGGGUGUGGUGUAAGGAAGUCAGUAAUGUGACUAAGGAGGUAUUUUGGAUAUUCCUCCAUCACCUCAAUGUUAUUCCUGUCGCAAAAGCUACAGGGGUUGAUUCUGAACCCUACGGGAAACGCUAUUUCCCCCCUCCUCGGCCCCCAGUCCCCGCUGCCCCUUAUGUUGGUGGGGUCGAAUGGGAUGCCACCAACUAUAUCGCAAACCAUCUCGAUCUGAUGAAUGGUUUACUUGCAGCUUUGCCCACUGCUAGUGAGCGCAAUAAUCUACGAGCCGAACUUCAGGCCUCCGGCUUUGAGAAAGUGAUGGGUGCCAGCCUACGCACUUGUAAGGAGAAAUUCUACUCCUCUGUGCACGAUUCACUCCGUCUUUGGGUUGCCGCGGCAGCAGAAGACGGGUGGGAGUUCCAAUACGUCCGCGAAGGUCCACCCCGGGGUGUUUCGGAGUCUGCCCCCAGAAGCCCCAUCAGGGCUACCCCGGGGUCUCCGAAAAAGCGUGCAGGGCUAGUGAGCGACGAACCGCCCAAGUUAGAUCUCGCAGGUGGUCUUGAACGUGAAGCGGGCGAAACUAGUGACGGUUGGCUGUGACUUCUUUUAUCUCCUGGAUAAAAAAGCCCACAUUUUCAUGCUGUGGUAUCUUCAUAGUUCGGGUUCUGGACUCCCAUUACGACCCUUUUCCUUUGUAUAUUUCUAUUUUCGUUUUUUUCCCCCCCUCAUUGUCUGCGGCGUUUUGGUUUUUGGAUGGUGACUUCUCUUUUCAAUUUGAAUUUCUCCCGCUAAUGACUGGCAGAGCUCCCUUUAUGUUUUUGGUAUGCUGCUUUUGCAUAUGGGAAUGGUGUUGAUGAACAAACGCACCGCACAAAUUACAUGUCAUGCCUUCUUCUUGUCAGGAGGCAUCAAUGAGUGAUGAAUGAAUGGAAUAUUUAAUGACAUUCCAAUUCUUCUAACGUGACUGUUUAUGUUUGAUAUCCUGCUUCUCUUUUUGAGUUCUAUUACCCCUUCCCUGAUACUUUUUAUAAAUAUCAUCAUAUUCUUAACCGUAUAAGGGAAUAGGUCCUUGCUUAAACCUCUUAUUUAUUUAGCUGCACCCGUCAAACAAACCUCUGUCAAUUGAUCUCGUGUGUUCUAGAUAUAGUCCAGUGAGCAACUCUGUUCCUUCCAUCUAGGCGGCAGAGUAAGUAGCGCUCUCUGAAGAGCUCUGUACACUAGUUCAAUUCCCAAAAAUCUAGAGCGAGCUGCAGUAAAAGAAAACGCAUUCCGCGGCAUUCAAGUGGAUGCGCAAAGUUUCCUUAAGCCCCGCAUUCCCGGCAGUCAUGAAUACCUCAUCCAUUUGGCGGGGAACCGUUGAGGGCUGGCGGUCG